CCGCUUCGAGCUGCAUGGGAAGUGAAGUUUGGACUUUCGAGCUAAUUUACAGAAAUAAUCUUCUUUUCUCGACAAGAAAUGUUAUGAUUUUAAGGUGAAAUACCUUCCUGAUCCCUCUUGGUACUCUGAGAAAACUCCAAAGUACGAGAAUGCUUGAUAAGCUGGUAGAUUUUGUGCGAUAUAAAUGAAAGCCAGGUCAUGAUGGCGGAUGUCUCAGUCACAAAGGAAGGUCGUCUUUCCUUGGCCUAUCGUGAUCUAAAUGAUUUGUCUGGUAAAGUGGUUGAGCAAUUUCGACAGCAAGUCAAAGAACUGGAUCUGAGCCACAAUAGAUUGACUGAUUUGCGUUUCCUUCAAGACUUUGAGAACCUCCAAUCACUGGUUCUUGACAACAAUAACAUUACGUCAAGAGCAAAGUUUUCACCAUCAGAUUAUCUCCAGACUCUUUGGGUGAAUCACAACAAAAUAGACAAUCUCAGUGUUUUUAUAGAGGGCGUUUCAAAGAACUUCCCAAACUUGAAAUAUUUUAGUAUGAUGAAUAACGCUGCUGCUCCGAGUUAUUUUAAUGGCGGCACAUAUCAGCAGUAUAAAGACUACAGAUUGUACGUGAUCAGCCAUCUACCAAGUCUGCAAGUACUAGAUGACACACCAAUCAAUGAAGAAGAACGAGAAGAAGCUAGAAAGAUUUAUGGCAACAGGAGAUAUUCAAUUAGGUCAGCUAAAAGUAAAAAGAAGAAAAAGAAAAGCAAAGAUAUUGGUGAAGCGGUAGCAUAAUAUUUUGAAUACUCCAGUUUCGAAUUCAAAGCGAAUAACCGCUGUUUUACAUGACAGCAGAUUCUAUUACGCAAAGAAUUUACCAAAGACA